UGAAAGCGGCACUUACAAAAGGAGAAGGUAGAUCUUAGAAAAACAAUUCCAUCUUCUCCAAAGUAUUCCAAGACAUUUGUGUUUCUUCUCAUGAUCUGAUUUCUAACUCUGUGUCGCACCGCGGCAUGGGAUAGUUCAAGGUUUUUAUUUUUCUCGGCGUAAAAGCAGGGAUGUUAAUUGCCCAGGAAUGUGUUGCUUAAAGCUGUUCACCUGGAGCUGUAUUAUUUGGAAAGUACAUGUUUCUUGAGAGUAAUAAACAAAUUUUACUCAGAAAAAUAAGUAUUUUAAAAGCAGAGCAGAGGGUUUUCAUUGCAACCAUAUGCCUUAACUUUUGGCCACUGUCGCUAAGAUGAACACCCACCCUUCUUUUGACCCUGAACGUCGAGUCCGGAGCACAUUGAAGAAGGUCUUUGGGUUUGACUCUUUUAAGACGCCAUUACAGGAGAGUGCGACCAUGGCUGUAGUGAAAGGUGACAAGGAUGUGUUUGUGUGCAUGCCCACGGGGGCAGGAAAAUCCCUCUGCUAUCAGCUCCCCGCUUUGUUGGCCAAAGGCAUCACCAUUGUAGUCUCUCCACUCAUUGCUUUAAUUCAGGACCAGGUGGACCACUUGCUGGCCCUGAAAGUACGAGUGAGUUCUCUGAACUCAAAGCUCUCAGCACAGGAAAAGAAGGAGCUGCUCAUGGACCUGGAGCAAGAGAAGCCACAGACCAAACUCCUGUACAUCACACCGGAGAUGGCGGCUUCCGCCUCCUUCCAGCCCACCCUGAACUCACUGCUAGCCCGCCACCUGCUCUCUUACCUGGUGGUGGAUGAAGCUCAUUGCGUUUCCCAGUGGGGGCAUGACUUCCGUCCUGACUACCUGCGUCUGGGUACCCUCCGUUCCCGCCUGGCACAUGCCCCGUGUGUGGCCCUGACCGCCACAGCCACCCCGCAGGUCCGAGAGGAUGUGUUUGCCGCCCUGCACCUGAAGCAACCGGUUGCCACCUUCAAGACUCCCUGCUUCCGGGCCAACCUCUUCUAUGAUGUGCAGUUCAAAGAACUGCUUUCUGAUCCCUAUGGGAACCUGAAGGACUUCUGUCUUAAGGCUCUUGGACAGAAGACUGCUAAUGGGUCGCCGUCUGGCUGCGGCAUUGUCUACUGCAGGACCAGAGAGGCUUGUGAGCAGCUGGCGACAGAGCUCAGUUACAGGGGUGUGAAUGCCAAGGCUUACCACGCAGGGCUGAAGGCUUCUGAAAGGACAUCGGUGCAGAACGAGUGGAUGGAGGAGAAAGUGCCUGUCAUUGUCGCAACCAUUAGCUUUGGGAUGGGAGUGGACAAAGCCAAUGUCAGGUUUGUUGCCCACUGGAAUAUUGCCAAGUCUAUGGCUGGGUACUACCAAGAGUCCGGCCGGGCUGGCAGGGAUGGGAAGCCCUCCUGGUGCCGUCUCUAUUACUCCAGGAAUGACCGGGACCAAGUCAGUUUCCUGAUCAGAAAGGAAGUCGCAAAGCUGCAGGAAAAGAGAGGAAACAAAGCAUCUGAUAAAGCUGCUAUCAUGGCCUUCGACGCCCUGGUGACCUUCUGUGAAGACUUGGGGUGCCGCCACGCUGCCAUUGCCAAGUACUUCGGGGAUGCACCCCCUGUCUGCACCAAGGGCUGUGACCACUGCCGGAACCCUGUGGCCCUGAAGAAGCAGCUGGAUGCCUUGGAGCACAGAAGCAGCUGGAGCAAGACUUGCAUUGGGCCUUCCCAGGGGAAUGGCUUUGACCCUGAGCUGUAUGAGGGAGGCCGCCAAGGCUAUGGAGGCUUCAGCAGGUACGACGAAGGUUCCGGAGGCAGUGGGGAUGAGGGCAGAGACGAGGCCCACAAGCGAGAAUGGAAUCUCUUCUACCAAAAGCAGAUGAGCCUACGCAAGGGCAAAGACCCCAAGAUAGAAGAAUUUGUACCUCCAGAUGAGGACUGUCCCCUGAAAGAUGCUUCCAGCAGGAAAAUCCCCAGGCUCACUGUGAAGGCCCGUGAGCACUGCCUGGGGCUUCUGGAAGACGCUCUGAGAAGUAACCGCCAGGCCACAGGGACUGACGACAGACCCGAUCUCCAACCCAGGGCUGUGGAGCUGGAAUACAAGAUGUUCCGAAAUGCCAAGGUGGCCAACCUUUACAAGGCCGGUGUGCUAAAGAAGGUGGCCGAGAUCCACAGAGCCUCCAAGGACGGGCAGCUCUAUGACGUGGAAGGUGAUACCAGGAGUCACAGUGCCCAGGCCCAACCCCCAGAGCCCACCGAGUACGACAUCCGGCCUGCCUCUCAAGUGUACUCGCUCAAACCCAAGCGGGUGGGAGCUGGUUUUCCCAAAGGCUCCUGCCCCUUCCAGACGGCCACUGAGCUGAUGGAGAAGAUGCAGGCCCAGGAGCAAGCCCCCCAGCCUGUGCUGGGAGGUGAGCGGGAGCCCCCCAGCCAGCCCCCAAGCCUCCAGGGUGACUGCAGUGAGUGCCUACCGGGGCCCAGAGGAGAGGCCCCUGGAAGCAGUGCUCAUUGUGGGGGGUCCUCCCCAGAGCAGAAGGUGAAAAGUCCCUCUAAGGGCGGGCCCCGUGGCAAGCUCCGGGCCAGCAAGAAGCAGCAGCUCCUAGCGGCAGCCGCCCUGAAGGAUGCUCAGAACAUCACCCGCUUCUGCCGAAGGGCCCGGAGCCCGUCUCCCCUCACCUCGGCCGCGAGCCUUCCCCGCGAGGGAGUCCCAGGGGAGUGUGCAGGGGAGGAGGAUGGAGCCCCGGGGUGUUUGGCUGCGUCCCCCCAGACCAAGGAGUGCACCGGGGAGAGGUCAAGGACCCACCCGCUCAGAAACCAGGGGCUCCCUGAAGGCCAGCGCAGCCCCGCACAGGAGACACGCACGGGCAAGCGGCCCAGACCCCAGCAGGAGAACCCAGAGAACCAGGUUCAGAAGAGGCCUUGCCCCUCAGCCAACGCCUCCAUCUUAGCUGAAGCCAAGGACAGCAUCUUGGCCAGCGAUCAGGACACCUUGAACCACAGGGUCCAGGGUUCCUGCCAUCUCCCAGUCCCUGCUAUCUCCCUCAAGGAGGCUGCAAAUGUUGUGGUCAAAUGCCUGACCCCUUUCUACAAGGAGGGCAAGUUUGCAUCCAAGGAAUUGUUUAAAGCCUUCGCCCGCUACCUCUCCCACUCCCUGACUCAGAAGGCCUCUCCUGGAAAGAGCGUAAAGGAAGAGGCCCAGAAUUUCAUCAAGCAGUUUUUCCACGGCCGGGCCCGGUGCGAGAGCGAAGCUGACUGGCACGGCCUGUGUGACCCACAGCGAUGACCAGCUGCUGCCCCCUAGGGCCCGAGUGCUCCCCCAGCUUCAACCGUGGCCCAACCUGGGCCUCACUCCGGAACGGGAAGGUGGAAUGCCCACAGCCAUCGGGGGCAGCCUCUUUGCUCAGGGUCCCUCCCCCUUCCAACCAUGCUUGCUCUGGAGCUGGCCCCAGCCACCUCCCCCACAGCGAGGCCAGAGGCCAGCCACCUUUCUGCUCGCAAAAUCCGAGGUCGUCGUCUUCCUAGCCUCCCUGCCUCUCUCGGCUGGGAUUUCUGAGCCAGAUCCCCAGAUUAGAAGGUAGUGGGGGGGGGGGGGGGCUGCUGCCAGAGGAACAGGAGGAAGGUGUGGCCCUCUACCUCUUAUUAAUGAGUUAUAAGCCAGGGUGAAGCCCACCCAUCCGAGGCGUUGGGGCCUCGGGUCCUUGGCCACUACCGCCGGGCCCUGUUCUCUGCUCAGUUCCUGAUCAGGAAGGCCAGCCCGGACUGACACGUACCUGAGAAAUAAAGUCCUGUUGGUUGUGACACCCCUCCCCCCCCCCACAAACAAA